CGCAGGCUGCUCCACCAUGAACGAUGAGGUCAUCAGCACUAACGCACUGGCCUGGCUGGUCUGCUCAGGAGUGUCCAUCCUGGCCAACACCUGGGGCAUCCUGAGCAUGAGUGCCAAGCAGAAGAAGUGGAAGCCAUUGGAGUUCCUCAUUUGCACACUGGCCGGCACGCACAUCCUGAACAUGGGCAUCCCCAUCACCAUGUACUGCAUCAUUCAGUUGCAUCGGCGGCACAUAAACUAUGAGUGGAAUGAAGGACUCUGCAAGGUCUUCGUCUCCACCUUCUACACCCUUACCUUGAUCACCUGCUUCUCCGUCACUUCCCUGGCCUACCACCGCAUGUGGAUGGUCCGAUGGCCUGUCAAUUAUAGGCUGAGUAACACCAAGAAGCAGGCCAUCCAUACAGUCAUGGGCAUCUGGAUGGUCUCGUUCAUUCUGUCCACACUACCCGCUGUGGGCUGGCAUGAUACCAUGGAACGCUUCUACAACCACGACAACUGCCGCUUCAUUGUGACCGAGAUUGGCCUGGGCUUCGGAGUCUGCUUCCUGCUGCUGAUCAGCGGGAGUGUGGUGAUGGGCGUCAUCUGCAUAGGGAUUGCCCUCUUUCAGACCUUCUCCAUUCAGAUGAUCCAAAAUGUGGACAAAAACAAAUUUAAUGUGCCCACCAUCGUAGUGGAGGAUGCCCAAGGCAAGAGACGCUCGUCCAUUGACGGCUCAGAGUCCAUCAAGACUUCGUUGCAGAUUACCUAUCUUAUCAGUGGAAUAGUCUUCAUAUACGACUUUCUAACUGGGUUCCCCAUAUUGGUGGUGAGCUUUGCUAGCCUGAAAUUUGACCGCUCCUACAGCUGGAUGGUGCUGUGUGUGCUGUGGUGCUCCAUAGCUCAAUCCAUCCUCCUCCCCCUGUUCCUGUGGGCUUGUGACCGCUACAGGGCUGACAUCAAAAUGGUCUGGGAGAAAUAUGUGGCCAUCAUGUCCAAUGAUGACGUGGAGGAAGGUGCCCCCUACAAGAAGAUACUCCCACGACGAAACCGACAUGUGGACCACCAGUCAGAUCUCGUCUUAUCUGCAUCGCUGGGGUUCCACAGAGGGCAUAAUUGGCAUCCCUCUGUACAGCUCACCAUGCCACAGGAGACGGUGGAGCAGCCCGGCAUCCUGCCACAUAUUUACGUUGUGUUACUGAUAUAGCCCUGCAUUGCUUUCUUUGAUAUUGGCAUUUCAG